GAUUAAGCUUGAAAGAAGUCACUGAGUUUGGAGCACGGUCCGAUCUUUAUGCAAACUUUGCUGGAGGCACAUGCAUUUCGGUGCAAGGCCAGUGGCACGCAACAGGACUCGCUUCCCAAUAACUUCAGAAGGGACGGGGGAAUGGUAAAUAGGGAUCGGUUCUGGGUUGGCCGUGGCUCCCGGUGGGAAUGAGCUAUCCCACCCAGGUGCAAAGUUUGCAAACCUCCAUCCAUUCAAUUCCCAAGAUUUCUGGAGUUCCUCGAUUCAUGCAGCCUUGUGCUGCGCCCGUGCUGCUCUUCGUUUGCAUUCCGUUCUUGCACUGAUUCCCGUCUCUGCUCUACAAGGCCCAGUUGCCCCCGUCCUGGAGCAGCUCCGGCCUUGAAAGAGCUGGACGGACCUGGAAGGAGCCAUUUUGUGAGGCACCGUCCAAAGGGGUGGCGCAUGGUUUCCUGACACCGAACUAAGCGCCACUUUGCAACCUUCUCUCCACUUCUCUUUUUUCUCGGAGCUCAGCCAGGCGGGCUUUAUGGGGUUCCCUCAGCCUUCGGCAAGUCGCGGGGACAAGAAGAUGCUGCCCUUCUCGCCACUGACACCACGGAUCCCUCCUUUUUUAAAGAAAUAAAUUCCUUUUUUUUCUUGCAAGCGUAUCGGGGGGUGCGCGAGACCUCUGCCCCAUUUGUUAUUAAUCGAGCAUGGCCGGCGAGCCCCAGAAGAAGCAGCAUUUGCCCUUUUUGGUGGGGCGCACCAACGGGCUCACCAAACCCACCUCCUUGGCACCUGCCGCCGGGGUGCGAAGUGGGGGGACACCUUCCAAGAAAUUAGUGAUCAAGAAUUUCAGAGAGAGACCAGCAUUGCCUGAAAACUACACACAGGACACUUGGAAGAAGCUUCAUGAAGCAGUUAGAGCCAUUCAGAAUAGUACAUCCAUUAAAUAUAAUCUGGAAGAGCUCUACCAAGUAUUUACAGGGUUUUUUCUUGCCUUAAACAGGAAGCCACUCAUUGCUUGUGUGGAGAGACAGCUGUUAGGAGAGCACCUAACAGCCAUUUUGCAAAAAGGGCUUGAUAACCUGCUUAAUGAAAACAGAAUAGCAGAUCUCACCCAGAUGUGCCAGCUUUUUAGCCGGGUAAAAGGCGGACAACAACAACUCCUGAAUAGCUGGGGUGAAUAUAUAAAGAGCUUUGGAACAGCAAUAGUGAUAAAUCCUGAAAAGGAUAAGGAUAUGGUACAAGAACUGCUAGAUUUUAAGGACAAAAUGGAUCAUAUCAUAGAAGUAUGUUUUCAGAAAAAUGAGAAAUGCAUAAACCUGAUGAAGGAAUCAUUUGAAACAUUUAUCAACAAGAGACCAAAUAAACCAGCAGAACUGAUAGCAAAACAUGUAGAUACAAAACUAAGAGCUGGCAACAAAGAAGCAACGGAUGAAGAACUGGAAAGAACUCUGGACAAAAUUAUGAUAAUAUUCAGAUUUAUUCAUGGUAAAGAUGUUUUUGAAGCAUUUUAUAAAAAGGAUUUGGCCAAAAGACUUCUGGUUGGGAAAAGUGCGUCAGUAGAUGCUGAGAAAUCAAUGUUGUCUAAGCUUAAGCAUGAAUGUGGUGCUGCUUUUACCAGUAAACUGGAAGGAAUGUUCAAGGAUAUGGAACUUUCAAAGGACGUUAUGGUUCAGUUUAAGCAGUACAUGCAAAAUCAAAAUGACCCAGGGAAUAUAGAUUUAACAGUAAACAUACUAACUAUGGGAUACUGGCCAACUUACACACCUAUGGAUGUCCUUUUACCUCCAGAGAUGGUUAAACUCCAAGAAGUCUUUAAGGCUUUUUACCUUGGAAAGCACAGUGGUCGAAAACUUCAGUGGCAGACGAGUUUAGGACAUGCUGUCCUGAAAGCUGAGUUUAAAGAGGGGAAGAAGGAAUUCCAAGUAUCACUCUUCCAAACAUUAGUACUUUUAAUGUUCAAUGAAGGAGAUGAAUUUGGUUUUGAAGAAAUUAAAAUGGCUACUGGUAUAGAGGACAGUGAACUGAGAAGAACCUUACAAUCGCUGGCUUGUGGAAAAGCACGAGUAUUGAAUAAAAGUCCAAGAGGCAAGGACAUAGGAGAUGGAGACAAAUUCACCUUCAGUGGUGAUUUCAAGCACAAAUUGUUCAGAAUAAAAAUCAAUCAAAUCCAGAUGAAAGAAACUGUCGAGGAACAAGUAAGUACAACUGAAAGGGUGUUUCAAGACCGGCAAUGUCAGAUUGAUGCUGCUAUAGUACGGAUAAUGAAGAUGAGGAAGACACUUGGCCACACUCUUCUUGUUUCAGAGCUGUAUAAUCAGCUACAAUUUCCUGUAAAGCCCGGAGACCUGAAAAAGCGCGUUGAAUCUCUCAUAGACAGAGACUAUAUGGAGAGAGAUAAAGAUAAUCCUAAUCAGUACCACUAUGUUGCAUGAUGAAGAAGAAAGACUGUUUUUAUGAAAGAAAAGAACACUAGUUUCCCAGUAAUGGAUACCUGUGCUGUUCUUGGACUUUAGUUUUAGCACAUCUGGGAAUUUUGUUUGUCUAGUCGAUCAGUUGCAAUACACAGCUGAUACUUGAAACCUCCUUGCCUAGAGUCCAUGGCAACGUUCAGUUAUUUUUAGACCUGCCUCUUGUUGUUUUUUUUUAAGAUGUUUAAUUUGGGGGGAGGAGAUGAGUUGGAGUCAGUGUUAACAUUCUCUGUAUGAAGUAUUUCUUCAGCUCAUUCACAUUUGGGUGGCUUACUUGUGCUAUUGAUUGACUUGUUAAUGCUACCUUCUUUAGUUUCAAGGAUUAUUUAAUUUUUGUUUAAAACUUCACUGAAGUAUGUCAGUUGUCUUAGAGUACACUGAAUUUCUAAGUACGUACAUAAAACGCUCAUGUUUCUUUUUUGCUUUUUAAAAAAAUCACAUCUUUCUAAACUGUAUUCUAGUUUAGCUAAGUGAAGUGCCAAGAAGAUGACAGCUUUAAAACAUAUACAUUUGAGCUGAAGAUAUUUGUUGGUAAAAUCCCCCCCCCCUUCCUUCAUUGGCCAUAUUAGAAUGAUUCUAAUGAGUACUUCCUUAACUUCAGGAUAAUUGUUCAUAACCUUUCAUGUCAAAAUAUAGGAUAACUUUGCUUUUAACCGUAGCACACGCAAUGUUUACUAUUCAGUGUAUUCUUAGACAGACAAUGCAUAGUCCUGUUGUAGAAAUACGAAGGACAGUCCCUCUACAGAUUCAUCCCUUCAGGUUUUCAGGAAAGCACACAUGCAAGAGUAUUCCUGUAUCAGUGACUUCCCUCGCACACGUUCAGAAUUGUGCAGGCACAUUGUUGUGUGCAGUGGAGAGAAUGGAUUGCUCCUAUAGUUUGUCUACAAAGACUUUAGAGUAGCUUGUUUCAUAUUGUAAAUAUGGAAGUGAAUUGAAGUUCAGAGAAUGAAAGAUAUGUAAAACUAUAACUACUGGGUAGAUAUAGUGACAUAUUAAAAGCAAAUAGAAGAACUUUGACCUUUGUGUCAUAAAUGCUACCAGUACCAUUAUGAAUUCGCUUGGCAUAAAAUAUGAUUUAUUAUAUAAAUACAAUCCCAUGGACUAUUUUGAGUUUUGCAAAUUAAAGUUCUUUUGUCAUGUA